UUUCCAGAUUUGUCGGAACUAUUUUGAUGUCGGACCCGUUUCCGGAAACUGUCAGCUCAGCUGUGAACGCCGCACAACUGCAAUGAGUUUUGAGUGGCCCUGGCAAUAUAAUUUUCCUCCAUUUUUUACGCUACAGCCCAAUGCUGACACAAGACAGAAGCAGCUGGCAGCAUGGUGUUCCUUGACCCUGUCGUACUGCAGACAUCACAAACUUUACACUCUGGAUGUCAUGGAAGCUCAGGAAAGCCCCAUUUUCAACAACAAGAAGAUAGAACGUAAACUUUCUAUGGAAGCCAUUCAAGUUGUGUUUGAGGAAUUAAGGAAAAAAGGGAAUUUGGAUUGGUUGGACAAAAACAAAUCUAGAUGUUUAGUCAUGUGGAGACGGCCAGAGGAAUGGGGGAAGUUAAUAUACCAGUGGGUGUCCAGAAAUGGAAUGGUCAACACUGUUUGUACACUUUAUGAACUGUCUAACGGGGAUGACACAGAAAAUGAAGAGUUUCAUGGUCUGGAGGAGUGGAUGCUGUUGCGAUCAUUGCAGGCCUUACAGUCCGAAGGCAAAGCUGAACUCAUCACCAUGGACGACAGCAAAGGGGUCAAAUUCUUCUGAGCGGUCCUAGUGCUGUUUCUGAUUCUCUGAGCCCCCAAUUCACUCCAGAGGCCAUUUCUACAUAGAACUUUCAGGCAAAACAAAGGUGCCCUGAUGUCCAGCCAAGUCUAUGCGGUCCACUCAUUUGUUUUGCCUUUGUUGGUUCAUGUUUUGCUAAUUGGAAAUGAAGUGCUAUUAUUACUCAUAGGUUUCAGGCUGACCAUUCAAGAUGUUUGUUUUUUGAAUUGCUAAUUGCUAAAGAAGCUAGCCUAACUUUUUAUCAUUCUGAAACCCAUGCAAAACCAAGUGGGACUGGGGCAAACUGGUGACACUUUUUAGGUAACUUGCUAAAACGUAAGCAUUUGUUACCAACUAAGCAUAAUCGUGAAUACUGUUUUUGGGGAGAGCUGUCACCUUCUGCUCUUUCUGUAAAUAGUUUUAUUUCUGUUUUUAUUUUCUUGUUAGCUAUAAUUUUCUGUAUGAUUAGCUCUGGUGUAGGAUCGCUGUAAUGAUGUCUUAAAGAAAUCCCAAAACACAACACCAGAGGGACCCAUAUUUUGAGAAUACAUGCUUCCAUUAUAGGAACUCUACAGGGACCUGUGCCACAGACUGCUGUCUCGCUAUUAUCGUGCUACUGUGACUCUUCUGUCCUCUUUAUCAAUAUUUCACUCCUUUUCUUAUCCUCAAUAGGAAAAAUAAAUCUACAUUUGGUAA